AUGUCUCUAUCACUGAGCAUGAAGUCGACCGGCGCCCUACUUCUGGUGUUAAUAGCUAUAAGCUACACAGCUGUAGAUGCCUUCCGCUGGAGGUUCCCUUUUCGCCGACGAUGCGAAUAUAGAACAGUGAACGCUGUGUGCAGAGUGGCAGCAGAUCCGGGUACCGUCAACCCAUUUUGUGGAUUUAGAUGUUCGGGCCUUACAAUCAAGCUUGAACUCCAAGGAUUCUCGACAGACGACACAGUUGUUCUACACGGCUUUCACGCACAUGAACUCGGAGAUCUCAGUAAUGGUUGUACAAGCCUUGGGGGCCACUACAACCCGUUUGGAAGGAAUCAUGGAGAUCGUACUAGCACAGAAAGGCAUGUUGGUGACUUUGGCAACAUCCAGGAAGCAGCUGACGGAAGCGUCAACACCACCAUCAUUGACAAUGUGGCAAGAUUGUUCGGGCCGAACUCUCUCAUCGGAAGAAGUCUUGUGAUACACGCAGGAACUGACGACCUUGGCCGAGGUGGUAACGCCGGAAGUGUCGCUAGUGGCAACUCGGGACCACGGGUGGGAUGCUGUGUGAUUGGUCGAGCUGCGAGCCCACCUCCUGUGAGGUUGUGGGGAUAACGCCAUUAGGAUUCAUUGGA